CAAAUUCCUUCGUCGGAGUUAGGGUUUGUGGCCUUCGUCCUCAUUUGCGGCAGAACUUCAUCGGCAAAUACAGAGACGCGCCACCUCCUCCGCCGCCAUGGGUCGUAUGCACAGCCGCGGUAAGGGCAUUUCCGCCUCCGCUCUACCCUACAAGAGAACUCCUCCUAGCUGGCUGAAAUCCUCGACUGAAGAUGUUGAGGAAAGCAUCUGCAAGUUUGCGAAGAAAGGAAUGACGCCUUCCCAGAUCGGUGUGAUUCUUCGUGAUUCUCACGGCAUUGCGCAGGUUAAGAGUGUUACUGGAAGCAAAAUCCUUCGUAUUCUAAAGGCGCACGGACUCGCGCCUGAGAUUCCGGAGGAUUUGUAUCACUUGAUAAAAAAGGCUGUAGCCAUCAGGAAGCAUUUGGAAAGGAACAGGAAGGAUAAAGAUUCUAAAUUCAGGUUGAUUUUGGUGGAGAGCAGGAUUCACAGACUCGCCCGAUACUACAAGAAGACCAAGAAGCUCCCUCCCGUCUGGAAAUACGAGUCGACCACUGCAAGCACUCUUGUUGCUUAGGCUUACAGAGUAGCUCGAAGAAUUUUGGAUGGUUGCUGAAGAUGAUCGACUGCAAUGGUAUGUCGGCUUACCUAGCAUACUUGGGCAGGAAUUUUUCAUUUUAGAAUUUUGUUUUUUGUCUCUAUUGGUUCUUGCUUACUAUGAGUUAUACAAGCUAAUGAACAAUAACUACUGACAUUAUUUAUUUGUGAUGCAUCAUUUGACAUUUUUUAAUUUUAUUUUUCAGUAGCUACAAUGCUUAAAAGGCCAAUCUACUUUAUGAUGAUAUAAUUGCCUCUCAGUAUAUGA